AUGCAAUCUUUCGGUGAUGAUACUCUGAUUGCUUGUCUAAAUGUUGAAAAGAAGCAUAGAAUUUUGCAAGAAGAAAGCCGAGACAGAGUUCUGCAAGAAAUAAGCGAUAACGAAUUGGGUAAAUAUUUUAAACACAGCUUGUCGCUCUCGAAGUUCGGGAACGAAGAUAACGACACGAAUAAGUCAAAACUGUCACACUUUGCAAGCAAUAAAAAGGAAAUAACAAGAAAAGAUGAGUCUGAUAUUGGAAAAUAUUUUGAAAAUAGCGUUACAUUUGUUAAUAUUGAUAGUGAGAAGAAUUUGUCGUUAGCAUCAAGUUCUUCGAAAGAGGAUAAAAAUCUCUCUUCCCAGAGACAUAGAAGCUGCCAUAAAAUAAGCAGUAAGAACGCUAAUAUAACUUAUUUGAAUGAGAAGUGUCUUUUUAAUAUCAUAGAGAAAAGUGAUGAGCCUAAUAUAGAACAGAUUCAGAAAAAUAAGACUGAUGAUACUGAAAAAAAUAAAAUUGGUAAUAACUAUGUUACAUCAUCAUCAGCUGUCAAUUGUACAUACGAUAAAGAAAGUUCAGGGAUUAUUUUGUCUUUGCCUCUUUGUACUCAAGACCGAUGCAAACUGGCAUCAUGGGGCUUGCCACUAAAUAUUCUUCAGAAAUAUAUCGCUCGUGGAGUUGAAAAUAUGUUUGCAUGGCAAAUGGAGUGUUUGUCGAAUCACAAGAUAAUACAGGAGAAACAGAAUCUUGUAUAUUCUGCACCUACUUCAGCAGGAAAGACUCUUGUUGCUGAAAUUCUUUUGAUCAAGACUGUCCUAGAAAGGCAGAAGAAAGUAAUCUUCAUCCUACCAUUUGUUUCUGUUGUUAGGGAAAAAAUGUAUUACUUUCAAGAUUUAUUGUCUGAUAGUGGAAUAAGAGUGGAGGGAUUUAUGGGCGGUAUGGUGCCACCUGGAGGUUUUGCUGCUACUCAGGUUGCAAUAGCGACCAUAGAAAAGGCAAAUUCUUUGGUGAAUCGUCUGAUGGAAGAAAAUGAUCUAAGUAGUUUAGGAGCUGUAGUAAUAGAUGAAUUGCAUCUGCUCGGUGAUGCCAAUCGUGGCUAUCUUCUGGAACUGCUCUUAACAAAAUUGAAAUAUAUGACUAUUCGCAACGACGAUAUCAAUAUCCAGCUAAUCGGCAUGUCAGCCACAUUGCCGAAUUUGUCUUUGUUAGCCAAAUGGUUAGAUGCUGAAUUGUAUAAAACUGAAUUUCGUCCUAUUCCUUUAAAUGAAUAUUGCAAAAUAGGAACACAUGUAUAUGACAAUAAGUUUAGACUCGUUAGAAAAUUGGCAAUAGUACCAGAAUUAGAAGCGGACGCGGAUAAUAUUCUUCAGCUUUGUAUCGAGACAAUAAGCGCCGGUCACAGCGUGUUAAUCUUCUGUCCUACGAAGAAAUGGUGUGAAAAAUUGGCACAGCAAGUUGCAGUAGCUUUCUUCAAGUUAGGUUCUGGAAAUAGUACAUUUGGAGGGAUUUUGAAAAAGGAGAUCAAUCCUGAGUUAAUUCACGAAACUCUGGAGCAACUGAAACGCAGUCCGAGCGGCUUGGACAAUAUUUUGAAAAGUACGAUCUCGUUCGGCAUCGCUUUCCAUCAUGCUGGGCUCACGAUGGACGAGCGUGAUAUCAUAGAAGGAUCCUUCAGAACUGGAUCUUUGAGAGUCCUCGUAGCAACGUCGACAUUAAGCAGCGGAGUGAACUUGCCCGCACGAAGAGUAAUCAUAAGAUCGCCCAUGUUCGGUCCUAAUUUGUUGAACACUUUAACUUACAAGCAGAUGAUAGGUCGUGCCGGCCGUAUGGGGAAAGACAGCGCAGGAGAAAGUAUACUGAUAUGCAAACCAACUGAACGCAACGCGGCAGUGUCAUUGCUCUCUGCGAUUCUAGACCCGAUUGAAUCUUGCCUCAACGAUUCUACGUUGUUGAUAAGAGCGCUCCUGGAAGCCGUAGCUAGCGAAGUUUUAUAUACCUCGGAAGAUUUGGAGUUAUAUAUCAAUUGUACUUUGCUGAGCUUGAGCGAGCAGUCUAAUGUGCAAACUUUCUCCAGUGAAGCGAUUAAAUUCCUAUUGGACAAUGAAUUUCUAUUAUUGCAAACUACAGAGAAAGAAACACGAUGGAUAGCGACGUCGUUGGGAAAGGCGUGCUUGGCUGCUUCCGUACCUCCCAGGGAAGGAUUAUUCCUGUUCGAGGAGUUACAAAAGGCUAGAAGAUGCUUUGUUUUGGACACAGAGUUGCAUGUGAUAUAUUUGGUAACACCGCUCGGCUCCGGCAGUCAAAUCGAAACUGUCGAUUGGAUGACAUUUCACGAGUUGUGGAAUAUCAUGUCCGAAAGCGAGCGCAGAGUUGGAAGACUCGUCGGAGUCGAAGAACGCUUCCUGCUGUCAGCUAUCCGAGGAAUCAUUAGACCCGGAAAAUCGUUGAAUAUACACAAGAGAUUCUACAGUGCGUUGGCAUUGCAUGAGUUGGUGAACGAGGUUCCGCUUAACAUAGUCUGCAAGAAGUACGGCUGUUGCCGCGGAGUGCUGCAAACUUUACAGCAGUCCGCUGCUACGUACGCAGGCAUGGUCACGCAAUUUUGCAAACAGUUACGCUGGGACUGCAUGGAAUUGUUGAUAAGUCAAUUUCAAACGAGAUUACAAUUCGGUGUCUGCAGAGAAUUGUUAGAUCUGCUGCGCCUGCCGAUGUUAAACGGCUUGCGGGCGAGAAGCCUGUAUAAACAAGGGAUCACGUGUGUGGCGGACUUGGCUGUUGCUAACGAGCUUAACGUUGAACGCGCACUUUACAAUGCUCUUCCUUUCGAAAGUGAGAAAGAUUACGAAGGAGAAUAUGCGCUCGAGACGGAGAAAAGAAAUAAAAUAAGGACGGUAUUUGUCACUGGAAGAGAUGGGCUCACACCGCAGCAAGCGGCAAUUCUGUUGGUUCAAGAAGCGCGAAUGUUGGUUCAGAACGAGCUGGGACUCGAUCAACUUCCGUGGGAGCAGAAAGAACGAUCUCUCGAAAUAAAUACACAGGCAAGAAAUAUCAAGGAUGCGUCCAGUACCCAAGAACAAUCUCAAGUCCAAAUGGAUGCAGAUAAUUCCAAGUCUGCAAAAGUAGGAACAUCCAUCACGGAAAAUUCGCCACGUGAUAAGCUUGCGAGUAACGAGAAUCGAAAGGAUGAUACUUCGAGCGCCGACACACGCAAAGAAGCUGUCGAAAUUAAUGUAUCUGAAAAGAAGAGAACCACUGAAUCACUCGCAAGCUUGGAAAACAACGAAAAUGCGUCAAAUUUUUGUGACAUGAGUAGUCCCGAUAUGAUAGAAAACGACGAAUGUUUGAACAUCUCUGAAGAAAUAAAAGAUUAUUCUGAGAUCGAUAACAGUAUUAAGUUGAAAAGGAAGAAUAAAGAAGAAGAUAUUAAUAUAUUUAACAAGAAGCCAAAAAUCUCCAGUUCGAAUGAAAUUGAAGACACCGAUGAGGAUCAGACGGAAAAAAAUACAAGCAUGUCUAUUCUGAAUACGCGUGGUAAGUCACGUUCGAGAAGUCCCAGUCUGUUUGACGACAGUUUGAAUCUCGACACGCAGAUGUGCGACAUUCUCGAGCAGAAUGUCAUAGAUUUAUCUGGACUGGAGGACUGCAAUACAUUCGAGAGCAAGUAUAACGUCGCGAGUGCAUUGCAGAAGAAAUCUGCAGAUCCGAGUGGCAGCAAUGCGCAAAUGUGCAAUGAGAAUAACACGAAAGUACACGCCCCCAUAGACGUGGCGCAUUUAUCAUCGAAGAACAGCAUACUGUCGUGGGACGACGAUUCGUGGAACGAUUUUGCGGAGUUACCGAAGAAGGUUGUCGAGAAUACGAAGAGGGAAAUAUUACAAGGCAAGAUCAAAGACAUUGUGAAUACGAGCUCGUCCAUUGCUUCAAGAAAUGCGAAGACUUGCGCGCAAAAUAACAAGGUGGAUCUACAUAACACGGGCGUCAAGAAGCGCACAGCAGUCGCGGUUAAGGAGAAAGCGCUACGAAAGUCGAAGUUGCUGAAUAUAACGACCACGCAAUCGCCCGUGACGAACGUAAUCGUCUUUAGGGAUCAGCGGAAGAUAUCCGUGGACUCCAACGGAUCCGAUUCGGACAUCAUCAUCGCUUCGCAGCACUUCGAGUCUCCCUUAAACAACAGCAAGAGUCGAGUGAAGACACAGCUGGAGAAGAGAAUACAUAAGAUACGUUCUCAGAAACUCGUCGAGAGCACGGAAGAAAUAAACAAUCGCGUGAAUUCCCCCAUGGGAGCAAUACCAAGUGACGCAGUGGAAGACAGCGCCAAGAAAAGGGUAACGCUGAAGUUGAAGGAAAUUUUGCCGCGAAAUUUUGGCGUAGGCAGCUUCAUAUAUGAUUCCGAAGAUGAAGUGGUGGCUGAUUCGAAGUCAGUUUCAACAGUUAAACGACACGGGACGCAGUUAAGCGUUUCGAAGGAGAAAAUAAAGCCGAAUACAGAGAUUGCACCGCAACCUGAUAGCAAUGUGGAUUUGUUGAAUGGCACGAUAGAUUGGAAAACCUUGAACAUCGUGAAAGUUGCGAACAACAGGGCGACUUUCAGUCUGUUCAAGCGCGAGGUAUUGAAAAAACGAAGCUUCGCGUUGGCCUUACAUUGUGACAUGUACGUGGACAAUACAAAUAAUAUCGGGUCGAAGAUUUGUAUCAACGGCACGGAGAAAAAACGAAAAUUGAAGAAGUCUGUAAAUUACAUACACGGGAGGAAGGAGAUUCGCGGUGCUGCGAUUUCCUGGGAAAGUAAUAUCGCAUAUUACAUCUCAUUCAGUAACACACAAGAUGCAAAAAUCUCCACCAAAGAACAAAUUACUCUGUUGAAAGAGUUGCUUUCCGAUGCGGCUUUAUAUGUGAAAUGCUUUGCGAUCAAAGAUACAUAUAAACUGCUGUAUCGAUGUUGCGCUAUCUCGGCCAAAUGCAGAUUUCUCGAUCCAGUGAUAGCGCACUGGUUAUACACCAAUGACUUCGAGGGAAAUUUCAGCGAACUGGUGACGCAAUACUUUCCCCAAGGAAAUUUUAUAAUGAAACGUACGAAUUCCUGCUGCAACGUAGGCCCUGGGAUGGAUGUGCAAAAUUCUUUGCCAGGCGAGUUUAGAUCGGCCGCAGAAGCCGUGCUUACGUGGCACAUGACGGAUAGCAUCACGAGUAAAUUAGAAGAACUCAAUCCUGUGUUACUUCAUACGUUUAGAGACAUAGAGAUGAGAAUAGCGACGAUUUUAGCGUGCAUGGAAUUAUCAGGUAUUGGCGUGAAUUUGAAGGCAUUGCAAGAGACACUAUCGGUUAUUUUAAGCGAGAUGCAAUCUUUAGAAACAAGAGCUUAUGAUCUGGCAGGUAGAAAAUUUAAUUUAUCAUCGUCCAAAGAAGUUGGACAGGUACUGGGAUUGUACAAAGAUAAGAAAGUCAGUACGAGCAAAGCAGUCUUGGAGAAAUGCGACAAUCCAAUAUCACGUCUCGUAAUCUCAUGGCGUAAAUUAAACGCAACGAAAACAAAAAUCGUCUACCCAUUGUUGAAUUUAUCUCAAGAAGAUUCUCGUAUUCAUGGGAAUUGCAUAACUUGCACAGUGACGGGUAGAGUUUCAAUGCAUGAACCAAAUCUGCAGAACGUGCCGAAGGAUUUUCAUUUCGAAGAUAAUAAUCUCCUCGUGAGCGUAAGAAGGUCCUUCGUACCGGCCUUGGGCAACGUGAUGCUGUCUGCAGACUAUUGUCAACUCGAAUUACGUCUCUUGACUCACUUUUCACAAGAUUCGGUGCUGUGUGAAAUCAUGAAACAGCAGGGUGACAUCUUCAAAAGCAUUGCCGCUAAAUGGAACAACGUAAUCGAAGAAGAGGUGACCAACGAGAUGCGUCAGCGUACCAAACAAUUAUGCUACGGCAUGAUCUACGGUAUGGGGGUGAAGUCGUUGGCUGAAAAUCUGUGUAUAAGCGAGACCGAGGCUCAACAUUUUUUAGAAUCCUUUAUGAACGCAUAUCCUGGCAUAUACAAGUGGUUGGAUGACACGCUAGAGAAAGCGCAUCACAAUGGAUACGUGACAACGUUACUCGGAAGGCGCAGGCAACUUCCAGACUUAAGAAGCACGAAGUCGUCUACGAGAGCGCAAGCGGAACGGCAAGCUGUGAACACAAAGGUACAAGGCUCUGCGGCGGACAUAGUUAAAAAAGCUAUGAUAAUUAUAGAAGAAAAGAUGAGGCACAGCUUUCCGGAUUCUGUUAUAGUAUUUCCCGAGACGCAAGGUACCCGUAAACUAAGGAGAAACAGUCGCGAUAUGCUACAAAGAGGUGGUUAUUUAGUUUUACAACUGCACGAUGAAUUGUUAUAUGAGGUAAAUUCAGCAGAUUUGAAAGAAGUCGCCAUAAUAAUUAAAGAGUCGAUGGAGGAUGUAUGCCAACUUACUGUGCCAUUACCUGUGAAAGUGAGAGUUGGCCCUGCAUGGGGCGAUUUAACUGAUUAUAAAUUUUAGAGGUUUUUAUCGUUACACUAAAACUUUUUUUUUCGUUCUAUAUAUUUCUACUUUUAUAUAUCUUUUAUAAUCAGUCACGCUGAGCUACGUAUGAAUCAUGAGUCAAUAUUUACAAGUAGAUGUUUUAUAUAUUUAUCUUUUUUAUUUAUAAAAAUUAUAAAUAUCCUUAAUCUCGAUUACCGCAAUUUAUCUGCGAUUUACAUUGUAUGUAAAUUACGGGGAAUAGAGAUCAGGAUAAGAUGGCAAAAAUUGUAAACAAUAUUUAUAUAUAGAUAUACAAUGGAGAUUUUUAUAUUUUCUAUGUAUUUGUAUUUUUUAUUACGCUGAAAUACCUGCAAGUUACAUUAUCAAUAUUUAAUGAAAAAUAUUGUAAAAAAAUACAUUUUACAUCUCUUUUUCCUUGCUUUAUAAGAAUUCCCUUUCAAUAUGUUUUUAGGAUAUUCUUUAACAACUAUGUCGUAUAAAAAAA